GGGAGGGUGGCGGUGCGGCGGAUGUACGCGUUCGCAGACGGGGCGGACGCGGCGCUGAUGGCGGUGGGAGCGGCGGCGGCGGUGGCAAGCGGGAUGGCGCAGCCGCUGAUGACGUUCAUCUUCGGCGACGUCAUCAACGCCUUCGGCUCCACCGCCUCGCCGGACGUCCUCGCCAAGGUCACCAAGGUGAUCUUGAAUUUUAUCUAUCUUGGCAUCGGAGCUGGAUUUGUUUCAACCCUUCAGGUAUCAUGUUGGACAAUCACUGGAGAAAGGCAGGCUGCACGAAUCAGGGCCUUGUAUCUCAAGGCAAUACUGAGACAGGACAUUGCUUUUUUCGACAAGGAAAUGAGCACAGGACAAGUGGUUGAGAGGAUGUCAGGGGACACGUUCCUCAUUCAAGAUGCCAUUGGAGAAAAGAGUGGCAAGUGUAUACAACUCCUUUCUACUUUCUUUGGAGGCUUCAUUAUUGCAUUUGUGAGAGGCUGGCUCUUGGCCCUUGUGCUGCUCGCAUGCAUUCCUCCAAUUGCGGUGGCUGGUGCUAUUGUGUCAAGGUUGAUGACAAGAGUCUCCACUCGCAUGCAAGAAAAGUAUGGUGAUGCCGGAAACGUUGCUGAACAGACUAUUGGAGCCAUUAGAACUGUUGCUUCAUUCAAUGGCGAGAAGCAAGCUAUAAACACUUAUAACAAGUUCAUAAGAAAAGCUUAUGAAUCUACUCUACAAGAAGGUGUUGUUAAUGGCCUUGGAUUAGGUACUGUAAUGGCAAUCUUGUUUUGCAGCUAUGGGCUGGCAGUUUGGUAUGGUUCUAAACUGAUAGUUGAGCAUGGAUACAAUGGUGGCAUAGUUAUAAAUGUUCUAAUGUCUGUCAUGAUGGGUGCAAUGUCCUUAGGUCAGGCAACACCAUCAAUAACAGCUUUUGCAGAAGGUCGAGGAGCAGCGUACAGAAUGUUUAAGACAAUCGAAAGACAGCCAGAUAUUGAUGUAUGUGAUACCAAAGGUAUCAUAUUAGAAGACAUCAAGGGUGAUAUUGAACUCAAGGAUGUUUACUUCAGCUAUCCUACCAGGCCAGAAUAUUUGGUAUUCAAUGGAUUCUCCUUGCAAAUACCAAGUAGCAGAACAAUGGCCUUAGUUGGAGAGAGUGGCAGUGGAAAAUCAACUGUGAUCAGUUUGGUGGAGAGAUUUUACGAUCCACAGUCUGGGGAAGUCUUAAUUGAUGGAACUGAUAUUAGAAGAAUGAAUCUGGGAUGGAUAAGAGGAAAAAUCAGUCUUGUUAGCCAAGAACCAGUGUUGUUUUCAAGUACAAUCAGGGAAAACAUUGCCUAUGGGAAGGAGGAUCAAACUCUUGAAGAGAUAAAGAGAGCAGUAGAGCUUGCAAAUGCAGCAAAAUUUGUUGAUAAGUUGCCCAAUGGUCUUGAGACGAUGGUUGGGGAACGCGGAAUUCAAUUAUCCGGAGGGCAGAAGCAAAGAAUAGCAAUUGCUAGAGCAAUUAUAAAAAAUCCUAGGAUCUUACUACUUGAUGAAGCAACCAGUGCAUUGGACAUGGAAUCUGAGAGGGUAGUUCAAGAAGCUUUGAAUAGGGUAAUGCUAGAAAGGACUACAAUAAUUGUUGCACACCGCCUAAGCACAGUGAAGAAUGCUGAUGUGAUUUCUGUCCUACAGCAUGGAAAGAUGGUUGAACAAGGUUCUCAUGUAGAACUGAUGAAGAAACCUGAAGGUGCUUAUGCUCAGCUAAUCCACCUCCAAGGGACUCAACAGGAAGCUGAAGCCCCUAAUGACGACCCUGACAUGAUAAUACGAAGCGGUUCGGGUUCUAGGUCUAUAAAUAUAAAACCAAGAAGCCAAAGUACCUCAUUUAGGAGAUCAUCAAUUACCAAAGGCUCUUUUGGGCAUAGUGGUAGGCAUCCUAUUCCUGCUCCCCUUGACUUUUCAGAUCCCAUGGAAUUCGAGGAUGAUCUGGGCAAGGAGAUUACAGACAAAGUGUCUAGUGGCCAGAAGAAAGCUUCAAUCAGUCGGCUAUUCUAUCUGAACAAACCGGAAGCUUUCGUUCUUGCACUUGGUUCUGUAACUGCUGCAAUGCAUGGACUCGUAUUUCCAGCAUUUGGUAUAUUGAUUUCAAGUGCAAUAAAGACCUUUUAUGAGCCACCAUCAGAACUGCUGAAGGAUUCCAGGUUCUGGGCAAGCAUGUUUGUUGUCAUGGGAGCUUCCGCAUUUGUUCUGAUUCCAACCGAGUACUUCCUCUUUGGAUUAGCAGGUGGGAAGCUUGUGGAACGUAUACGUUCACUGACAUUCCAAAGUGUCAUGCACCAGGAGAUCAACUGGUUUGACAAACCUGAACACUCUAGUGGAUCAAUUGGUGCAAGGCUAUCUGUUGAUGCUCUGAAUGUGAAGCGCCUUGUCGGGGACAAUUUGGCACUUAAUGUACAGACUUUAUCAACCAUCAUAUCAGGUUUUGCAAUUGCAAUGGUGGCAAACUGGAAGCUGGCAUUGAUUAUAACAGUGGUAGUUCCUUUGGUGGGCUUCCAAGCCUAUGCUCAAAUGAAGUUCCUAAAAGGUUUCAAUAAAACCGCAAAGCUAAAGUAUGAAGAGGCAAGUCAAAUAGCAACUGAUGCAGUCGGAGGCAUCAGAACUGUAGCUUCGUUUUGUGCUGAACAGAAGGUGAUGGAAGCCUAUGCGAAGAAAUGUGAAUCUCCAGUAAGGCAAGGAAUAAGGGAAGGUGUUGUUGGUGGCUUGGGAUUUGGCUUCUCCUUCCUUGUGUUCUACUUCACUUAUGCUCUCUGCUUCUAUGUUGGAGCAAAGUUUGUUCAGCAAGGAGUAGCAACGUUUCCUGAUGUGUUUAGGGUCUUCUUUGUAUUAGUUCUGGCUACCAGUGGAAUCUCGCGUACAAGUGCAAUAGGCGCAGACAGCACCAAGGCUAAUGAAUCGGCGGUCUCCAUCUUCGAAAUCCUCGACCGUAAAUCGAAGAUUGAUUCCAGCAGCGAGGAGGGCGUGGUUGUUGCAAGUGUGAGGGGUGACAUUGAGUUUCAAAACGUGUGCUUCAGUUACCCACUACGCCCAAAUAUUCAAAUAUUCAAAGAUCUCUCCUUGAGCAUCCCCUCUGGAAAGACUGUUGCACUGGUCGGAGAGAGCGGAAGCGGGAAGUCCACCGUGAUCGCGCUGCUCGAAAGGUUCUACGACCCAGAUUCCGGCAAGAUCCUCUUCGACGGGGUGGACCUCAAGACACUGAGAGUCGGCUGGCUCCGUCUGCAGAUGGGGCUCGUGGCGCAGGAGCCGGUCCUGUUCAACGACACCAUACGCGCCAACAUAGCCUACGGGAAGCAAGGAGAAGGGUCAGAGGCGGCGGAGGAGGAGAUCAGGGCCGCCGCCGAGACGGCGAACGCACACCAGUUCAUCUCGGCGCUGCCCGACGGGUACGACACGGUGGUCGGCGAGCGGGGGGUCCAGCUCUCCGGCGGGCAGAAGCAGCGCGUGGCCAUCGCGAGGGCCAUCGUGAAGGACCCCAGGGUGCUGCUGCUGGACGAGGCGACGAGCGCGCUGGACGCGGAGUCGGAGCGCGUGGUGCAGGAGGCGCUGGACAGGGUGAUGGUGGGCAGGACGACCGUGGUGGUGGCGCACCGCCUGUCGACGGUCAGGGGCGCGGACGUCAUCGCCGUCCUCGGGAACGGGGCGGUGGCGGAGAAGGGCCGGCACGACGAGCUGAUGCGGAUAAAGGAUGGGGCCUAUGCUUCGCUCGUUGAGCUUAGCUCAAGUUCGAUGUAAUUAACCUUUUCAAGCCUAGACAAAUCACUCUUAGAUAUUUGACACCGAUUGUCACCAUUAGACUUCGCCGGCUGUUAUUGAAAAGGGUUAAUGUUUACAUGUAAAUUUGCAGUAGGAAGAGCUUUAUAGUGUGUUUAGUCAGCACUCAGCACACAUUUUUAUCUACAUAAAUUUCAUCGAAGGAAAUAUUUACAUA